AGAUUUCAGAUUAAAAAAUAAAUGGCAAGAUUCUGCCUUGGAAACAACUUUCUUGUUUGCGCUCUCUCUUCCACAUCAAAAAAUCUGAUACGACUGCAUAAAGAAUUCUGAUUCUUUCAUUGAAUGAUUGACUAAUUAUCCGUUUGCAUAAAUUUGAUAUUUCUUUAUUUAUAGUGGCAAUGCAUUACUAUUUUCUUCCACAACUUGUGAACUCCUUCUGGUUGCAGCUAAAACAAUUCCAUGGAGCCAUGUUACUGAAAGUACUAUAAAAGCUAAGUCUAUGAUUUUAGCCAUGUGUUGAAAUAAUGACAACCAAUGCUUCCUUCAUCACCUCUCCUUUAUCUCUGCCCUUCACUUCUGACUUGUCUCUUCUGACAUCUCUCUGCUAUUUUAAUUCCAUUUGGCCAUGUUCUUGCUCCUGUAUGAUUUACCCAAGUUCCUUCAUUCCUUCAGCCACAGAAAUGGGCAUUCGAUGUGUCCUUCAGGGUUCCUGGCGAUGCAACUACCGGAGGCUGAUCAGUGCCGGUGAGAAUGCAAAGACACAGAGAAGGUGGCUGAGGAGAAUUGAUGGCAAAGUUUUUGGUCUUCGGUUGAAAUCUAGCAAGAGAUUAAAGUGGAGAUGUUUUUCAUCGGUUUUAAUGCAGAGGAAGAUUGCUGAGAUCUGUUCAGAUAUGAAGAAAAAGGUUAAACUGAAUGGUGCUAUAGUUCCUACCAUAUUUUUCCCUUCACAGUGGGGAAUUCCUAUUCUGUCAAAUCCUUCUGAAUUUCACAGGAAGCAGUCUAUUUAUUUUUGAUAGAAAGUUCAUUUGAAAUGCAGACAUGUUGUCUUGCUUCUCUCAACUUUUCUGUCAUUGCCUUAUUGUCUGUCAUUUGCUGCAUGGGUUUGCUACGUUUAGCAAAAUGUUUUGGUCAGAACAUUGUGAACUUGAUGGUCGAGGUUUUCUUAUUUUUUUGUCAAUUCCUUUUUUAUAUAGCUGGGUGGAAUUUUGUUUUCUUGAACCACUUCGUAUCUCUUGG